GGAGAUGCUGCGCUGACGUGCCGACACCGCCUGGAGCAUCUGAUGUUUUUAAUGUCGUUAUUGACUUGCUAUUGAGAGCCUGUGAAGUCCUUAAUUGACAUAUAUAUGUUAUCCCAGUAUUGCAUGCUGGUAUCCGCUUUGAAUGAUAUCAGCUAAGUAUCGUUGUGCUGUGACUGCCAUUUGAGGAUACGGAGUACCUGCUCUGGGUUGGAUUUGUGUAAAGAUACGUUUUUAUGGGAUAUUCAUCGACGACUGGAGCCAUGGGAGCUUUUCGGAGCUUAUUUCUCUUCUUCUGGAUUACUGCAUGGUACAGUUCUCUCGUCUACGCUGACAAUCAAGUGCCUCUGCGUGGCGCUGAAGAGAACCAGCCCAAGCGGAUCGCAGUAAUCGGAGCUGGUUCCGGAGGUGCAUCCACAGCUCAUUUCCUUCGGAAAUAUGCAGACUACUUUAAGGUUCCUGUGAACAUCACGGUAUACGAGCGGGCUUCCUACGUGGGUGGUCGCUCCACGACGGUCAAUGUCUUUGAUGAUCCAUCCAUCCCGGUCGAGCUGGGUGCCUCGAUAUUUGUCGAGGUGAAUCGGAACCUGGUCAAGGCGGCCAAGGAGUUUGGCCUUCUGACUGAGACAGCCUUCAGCGCUCGUCCCAGGGAUUCCGAUGACAGCCUUGGUGUCUGGGACGGUCAGCGGUUCGUGUAUCAGCAGCAAGAUACCUCCUUCUGGUGGAACAUUGCCAAGCUGCUCUGGAAGUAUGGAUUGGCACCUGUGCGCACUCAGAGGUUGAUGAAGCAGACAGUCAACAAGUUCUUAGGGCUGUAUGAGUCUCCUCUCUUCCCUUUCAGUUCCUUAUCCGAUGCUGCGAAUGCUGCCAGUUUGCUGGAUGCCACGGUAUCAACGGGAGCGGAGUUUCUCGAACGUAAUGGUGUCUCCGCGGACUUUUCUAGAGAGAUCAUCCAGGCGAGCACGCGGGUGAACUAUGGUCAGAAUCUACCUCUGAUUCACGGCCUGGAGACGAUGGUCUGUAUGGCCGCUGAAGGUGCCAUUUCUAUCCAAGGUGGAAACUGGCGGAUCUUCGACGCGAUGCUGAAAGCUUCUGGCGCGGAGGUGCGACUGAAUACCUCCGUGGCUUCUAUCAAUCAAAAAGAAGAUGGCACACUGAGCGUGUCCUCUACCACCGGCCAUUCUGCGGCGGAGCAAUCAGAGUUUGAUGAAGUGGUGAUUGCUGGCCCUCUGCAGGAAGCUGGUCUGACGAUCUCCCCUGAACUGGACCACGUCCCUGACAGAAUCCCCUACGUGGAGCUCCAUGUGACGCUAUUUGCGUCGCCCCAUCGCAUUUCGCCGCAGUAUUUCAAUUCCGGAGCUUCCAGUGUUCCUGAAACUAUCCUCACUACGCUUCCUCAAGGAUUAGAUCUCGGAUCUCGGCGGGAUGGCGUCGGUCCGACUGGAUUCUGGAGUAUUAGCACUCUCCAGAAAGUGAAGGCGCCAUCGCAGUCUGAGGAACAUUAUGUCUAUAAGAUCUUCUCUCCUCAGCGUCUAUCUGCCCAGUUUGUCGCCGAUAUUCUGGGAUUAGAUAGGGAAGCGGAAUCAACGAAAGCUGCGACUAACCCCACGAUCGGAGACCUCCCUCGAGAGGACGUCAGUUGGUUCUAUGAGAAGACAUGGCACUCCUACCCCUAUCUGUACCCACGGGUGACCUUCGAGGAGAUUUCCCUGGCUCCCCAUAUCUGGUAUACGAGUGGCAUUGAAAGUUUUAUCUCGACGAUGGAGACGAGCUCACUGAUGGGGAAGAAUGUAGCAGCGUUGAUCGCGCGCUCUUGGCUGGACAAACCCGACCAGGAUACGGAGGAGGAGUGGAAUCAUUGGGAUAAGGCUGAACUUUGAAGAGUUGCGUUCCCGAAUAAUUACUGUAUACAUUUAUGACUCCGAAAAUGCAGAUUUCGAUGGGAUAUACAUCUCACGUGGGGAGGGUCAUGACCAGUAACCUCUACUGAUGAUCGUAACGCCGUUUAUAAUAAUCUACGUUACUCCAAAGCCAAUCAAGUCUCGUAUUCGGGCCUUCUGAUCUCACUCCCUCGAUGAGACUUUUAGAACAGAGCAUGAUCACCAUUUUAGACUUGUUUGUUGUACAUAGACCGGUUUGCAACCAGUCCACGGCCUUGUCCAGUCACAAAUGAUGAGUCAUGAACAUGCAUGUA